GCUGGCAGGGGCCAGCCCCCCGCCGCCGCGGGAAGAGGAGGAGGAGGAGGAGGAGGAGAGAUGAACCGUUCCCAGCCCGGGAUCGCGCUGCUGCUGUCGCUGCUGUGGGAGUGCACGGAGGCCAAAAAGCAUUGCUGGUACUUUGAAGGAUUCCAUCCUACAUGUUAUAUAUGUCGCUCCUGUGAGGAUUGCUGUGGCUCAAGAUGCUGUGUAGCUCUCUCUAUCCAGCGGCUCUGGUAUUUCUGGUUCCUUUUGAUGAUGGGAGUUCUGUUCUGCUGCGGAGCCGGUUUCUUCAUCCGACGGCGGAUGUACCCUCCUCCACUAGUAGAAGAACCUACUUUUAACGUGUCUUACACCAGACAACGAGUCAACACUGCGUCAGGGUCACAACAGCCUGGAGUGCCGUAUUACACAGAUCCAGGGGGCCCUGUGAGGAAUCCCAUGGCGAUGGCUUUCCACGUCCAGACCAAUAGAAAGAAAAGUUAG